AAUUCAUUGCGCUUUUCGGCGGUUAUUUCCGCAUAUGAAGAGGUAGAGGUAGCUGAGAGCUCAGAGCAGGUUCUUACAUUGUCUUUCGUUAUAUAUAGCAACAGAAUAGGAUCUUUUCAGGAUAAAUUUAAGAAUGACUGAUGGGAAAGCGUGUAAAGUGUGCAAUUUCACGCGACAAAAAUCCUACGGAGUGUCCGCACCCUCUUUAGAUGACCUGAAGAAAAAAGGAUGUGAGUCUCUUGGCUUCAGCCCCGGCGACCCAAUCAAAGUAGUCCUGGAGAAUGACGGGACGAUAGUGGAAGAUCAAGCCUACUUCUUGUGCUUGCCGUCAAAUACAAAGUUCAUGUUAUUGCAUGACAAAGAAACAUGGUCUCCAGCUCGCAAGAUUGAUGGUGGCACCGCUUGGAUGCAGAGAGAAUCGGUCUUGCUGGACAUUGAUUCUGUUGACGCCGGCAGUAGCGUAGAACCCUGGCUGGACCUGGCUCAGCAGCUGAAGGAAGACCUCACCAGCAUCAUUCUCAUGUCUGAGGCAGAUUUACAGCUCUUGGUGGAUGCUCCUAGCACUGAACUAGCAGCAGCUCUGGGUUUUCAAGUGAAAAAGGCUAAGAACCUGCAGGAGACGUUGCAGAAUGUUUUGGAUCGUAGGGAGGAGGAGAGGCAGUCCAAGGAGCUGCUCCAGCUCUACCUCAAAACUGUGGAGAAGGAGGACAAACAGCAGGAGGAAGGAGGCCAGUCCAGCACAGACGAUGGAGUUGCAGGUGAUGUGGACAUGCCUGAUGGAAUUGAAGUGGAUUCUGCAUCUGGAUUCAUGUCCAGGACUCUGAUGGUCCUUAAAGGCAAAACAAGCCCAGAGACCAGGCUGUCCAAUGAAGACCUGCAGAUGGUAGUGACCAGAGGCGUGGACGCCAUGAAACAGGUGCUGGGCUGGGACGAAGCGAAGACGUCCGCCCUGCUGCAGGCCUGCGAAGCCGAACUGUCCAGACGUCUCCAGCAGAUUCAGGCCAUGCAAUCCAUCAGCAGCACGCAGCUGGAUGGCAGAAGGCAGUCCAGUGGAACGAGCGCAGAGGACUCGGUAGAAAGACCAGCCACGGGCGGCACUUAAGCUGCGGCUUCACCUGCGUAGAGACUGAUAAGAAUUCACCUGCCUCAGGGUCAGUGGGAUGGGAGUCAUCCCGUGUUACUUUAUAUAUUUGGAAUGCAUGAAUGUUGCUAUUUUGCAUAAUUGUUAUAAAGUGACGAGAAAAAAAAAAAAAAAAGAUCGGCACUCGUCGUCUUCAUCAAAGCCACAACACCACACUUGAAAACAGGCAGCAGAUAGGCAGUAAACUUAACAAUUAUUUAAUAAAAAACAUACAUCUCAUUUUUAAUUUACAAAGUGUCACGUUUACUCUCUGUCUAAGAAAUAAUCCAUAAUUAGUCUUUUUUUUAAGCAUAAAAAAUAAAUGAAAAAUGGUCAAAUUUGGAGUCACUCCAUGUUUCUCUGAAUUUAGCUUUGAAUUUUGUUAGAAAGCAAAACGUAUUUAGAAAAAUCAUGUUUAGAAUAGUUGUUUCUUUAAAAAAGUCAUGCAAGGAAACUAUAACUGUCUAUUCAUUUUAUUAGCAACAAAUUGCAGGACAAAACAUCAGCAGACGAUUAAACAGGAAAACAAUCUUGUUAUGCUGAAAAUCAUGAGUGCAGAAACUGCCACCAAAAAUACUCUGAAUAUACUUGUAUUUUAACGAACAAAACUGCAUAUAAAUGUAUAAAACAUUUUGAUAUAUAUAUAUUUUUCACAUUUAUGUUCUGACUAAUGGAUAGGCCUCCUGUCCCAGGUGUGCUUUUCCUUCUCCUGCAUUAACUGUUGGAAUAACUGAUCACAUGGACUCUAACCGUCUGACUAAACGAGGAGUUCUCUUUAAGAUUAUGUGUCGCUUACCGCUGUGAAAGUUAUGCAAAAACAGAGGCCGUGUGAUGUAAGACAGUUUAAGUCCGUGUGAUUCAUGCACCACAGAGCAAAUCCUCUCAUUUCCUCACUCUCAUGAACAGCAGACACUGAAAUUCUACCUUUUUGUAUUUAAAGUUCUCUGAGGAUGACGUGUCAGCAGCUGCUUCUACUUCAGUUCUUUAAUGAUACAGCUCUCUAAAUUGUUCAUUGAUAUUUUCAAAAAGCAAAACUUGUUGCAAAGAUUUACUAUUUUUGAGUUAUCUGGUUCUUGAAAAAAGGUUGUUUUUUUAUAUGUUGCAGAAAGAAGUCGUAAAAGCCUAUUUUUGCAGUUAAAACACUAUUUUAUACAUAAAAUGUUUAAAUUUUUUAAUAAAAUGUAUAAUAAAGGGGUUUGAAGUCUA